AUGGUUGUCAAGCUCGUCGCCAACAAAUCUGAAUUUCAAACCGCCAUCACCAGCAACAAGCUGGUCGUCGUCGACGCCUUUGCCGAAUGGUGCGGUCCCUGCAAGGCCAUCGCCCCCAAGGUUUCCGCCUGGAGCGACGAACACACCGAUGUCGACUUCGUCAAGUUCGAUGUGGACGAGACCCCCGACGUUGCCCAGGAACUCGGCAUCCGCGCCAUGCCUACUUUCCUCUUCUUCAAGAACGGCGAGAAGAUCGACGAGUUCGUCGGGGUGAACCCUCCUGCUUUGGAGGCUGCUAUUAAGCGCAACAAAUAA